AUGGCGACAGCUACUGCUGCGGGCAAGAAUGCCUCGCCAUUCCCUGAUGGCACCAAAGACUAUGUCCCUCUUCGAGCCGGCGCUGCCAAGAAGGACGCCAACAAGCCUCACAUCUCCGAUACUCCUAUGACCUGGAGCAACUGGCCUCAGCACAUCAACUGGCUCAACACAACACUUGUUGUUUUCGUUCCCUUGAUGGGCUUCAUCUCCGCCUAUUGGGUUCCUCUCCAGCUUAAGACCGCUCUCUGGGCUGUCUUCUAUUAUGUCCACACUGGUCUCGGUAUUACUGCUGGUUAUCACCGAAUGUGGUCUCACUCCGCCUACAAGGGCACCACUCCUCUCAAGGUUUACCUUGCCGCCGUCGGCGCCGGCGCCGUCCAGGGCUCCAUCCGAUGGUGGUCUUAUGGCCACCGAGUUCACCACCGAUAUACCGAUACCGACAAGGACCCCUACUCCGUUCGCAAGGGUCUCAUGUACUCCCACAUGGGCUGGAUGGUCCUCAAGCAGAACCCUAAGCGCCAGGGCCGAACUGAUAUCACCGAUCUCAACGAGGACCCCGUCGUUGUUUGGCAGCACAAGAACUAUAUCAAGUGCGUUCUCUUCAUGGCUCUCGCUUUCCCUGCGAUCGUUGCCGGUCUCGGCUGGGGUGACUGGUGGGGUGGUCUCGUCUAUGCUGGUAUCCUCCGUGUUUGCUUCGUCCAGCAGGCUACCUUCUGUGUCAACUCUCUUGCCCACUGGCUCGGCGACCAGCCCUUCGAUGACCGCAACUCUCCUCGUGAUCACGUUAUCACCGCUCUUGUCACCCUUGGUGAGGGUUACCACAACUUCCACCACGAGUUCCCCUCCGAUUACCGCAACGCUAUUGAGUGGUGGCAGUACGACCCUACCAAGUGGAGCAUCUGGCUCUGGAAGCAGCUUGGUCUUGCCUACGAGCUGAAGGAGUUCCGUGCCAAUGAAAUCGAGAAGGGUCGUGUCCAGCAGCUCCAGAAGAAGCUUGACCAGAAGCGUGCCACCCUUGACUGGGGCAUUCCUCUUGAGCAGCUUCCUGUUGUUGACUGGGACGACUUCGUUGCCCAGUCCAAGGCUGGAAAGGGUCUCGUUGCUAUUGCUGGCGUUAUCCACGAUGUUACCGACUUUAUCAAGGACCACCCUGGUGGCAAAGCCCUCAUCAAUUCUGCCAUCGGAAAGGAUGCAACAGCUAUCUUCAACGGUGGUGUUUACCUUCACUCCAACGCUGCCCACAACCUUCUGUCUACCAUGCGUGUUGGUGUCCUCCGCGGUGGUUGCGAGGUUGAAAUUUGGAAGCGUGCUCAGUUCGAGAACAAGGAUAUUACCUACAUGAAUGACUCUGCUGGCCAGCGCAUUAUCCGUGCUGGUUCUCAGGCCACCAAGAUUGUUCAGCCUGCUGCCAGCGCUGAUGCUGCUUAG